GAGUGGACUGGUGAUUUCAGUGCUGGCUUCAGGAUCUUGGCUCCCACUACAUGCAUAUUCUUUGCAUCAGCAAUUCCAGUCAUCUUGAUGGACUUCUUACAGCUGUUCAGAUGUUAGCUUCAACUGCAAUUUGUGGCAUUAUUCACUCCAUCGAAGGGCAGCUUCUGUUGAUAUUAGUAGGAGUGGCGGAGCUUACUGUUAUCAUGUAUACAUUCAUGUUUAGCUUUGCCAAACAAAGACCAGAUUUGGGCCAUGAUCUGUUCCUUAUCAAGAGGCCGAAAUGCAAGGUCGUGUAGGUAUGGAACUGGCUGCCCUAGAGGCAUAAUCGCAGACUAUGGGGUGCCAAUUAUGGUGCUAGUUUGGACAGGGAUGUUUUAUGUACUGUCCCAAAAAGGAUUCCAAGAUGUCUCUUAAGCCCAAAUUCAUGGUCGCCUGGUGCAUAUGAGAACUGAACUGUUAUCAGGGCAUGUUUAUCUUUACUUCACUUAAUCACUCUCGAAUCAUGAGUCAUGACAUGGAGUAGUACUUACAAUGUGUUAUCAUGAUCCAUUGAAUCGAGAAUGAAUUUGGGCGCUCCAU